UGAAGAAAAUGAAGAUGACUAUGAUGUGGUUAUUAAUAUUGUCGUCCUUAUUAUGUCUUCAUCUUCAUGCAUCUUCAAGUCCAAAGAAAAUCAUCCAUUCUAUUGACACAAGGGAAGAAGUUGUGGUGCAUAAAAGUGGAGUAAAUCCUGUUGUUAGACAUGGCGGUGGUGGUCAUGGUGGGGGUGUGGGCGGACACCCAGGAGUUCUGAUCCCUAUAUAUGCGUAUGCAGGCGGUCACAAAAACCAGCAUGGUCGGAACAAUAGCGAGAAUAACUCCACUGGUCUUCCCAAAUUGAUUUCUACUACAUUGGCUUUGGUCCUUUUAUUAACAUGUUGCUUCUAAAGCUUGUUGUGUGAUUGUAGUACAUAUUAAGUAGUUUUCUAUAAUAAUAUACAUCAUAUUUACUUUGUU